GGUUCAUUGUGGAGAAGCGAACACGUCUCUAAGACUUGCGAUCAAUUCCCUUCUUAUCGCGCCGCGACCACCAAAUCUGAGGUACGUUAAUGAAAGUUUUGUAGAACUAACGCACGUUCCGGUUCUUAGAUAGUAUAGUUGUUAACAUUGUAUCUUACGCACGUCCCAAACUUAUGACCACUAAUGAGUACUUAGUCUUUGUGUGCCGUUUUGUUUCUGCAAACAAGCAUUAUCAAGCUAUGGACCAUGUUUAGAAAUACAUGGUUUGGUAUCCGUUACUAUUGACGGGUAAUUUUUUCCCAUUCUGACAGUUGAACGUUUGACAGUAAUUGAGUGGAAAUUUAUAGUCCAAGAUUUUAAUCGCUAUGUUUUGGAGGUUGUCUUGGCAUUUACACCUAAAAAAUUUUAAAAUCUUUUCAGUUAAAGCAAGUUGUACGGUCUUGUUCUGCCUAGAGAGAGUGUUUUUGAAAACAUGGGAACUUGUUUCCCUUCCCAGUUUAGAGAUUCUCCAGGACUGAGCACACUAGUCGGUGAAGAUUAGCUGAAAUAGUGAGAUUUGAAAUACCAUGAAACGUUUUGAGGGUUAAUAUUAGUCUACAUUUUUGACGGUUGAUAGUAAAAAAAUUACCUGCUGACGGUUCAGGGGCACCCAUCGUCAAUUUUCGGAAAAUACGGUAUCUGUUCGGAAGACGAUUUGAGAUCUAGAAUUUUCGGAACAUUUGUUGUAAAAUUUUUUGCUUGCCUGCCUCUCAUAGGAUUUUCGAACAUCUUAUAAAUGAUAUAAUUGCCCAUUUUUAACGGAUUUUUACCAUAAAAAGGUCACUUAGAAUGUUCGGGAGCCUUUUUUCUGGCUGAAAUUUUCGAAAAGGUAUGUUUUGAUCCCUAUAAUUUUCGGAUCACUAGACUUUCAGCUAGGAAAUCCGAACAGAUGAAAAAUUUUAGGGGAUAAAAAUAUGCCUAUAUCUACCGUUUAAAUACUAAAAUACGUUUAACAAACUAUGUUUAAGUGGUUUUGAACUAUAUUCUCGUUGGGUGCCCCUGACGGAUAAAUUUUAGGCCGUUUGACGGCUGACAUCGAUACCCUCUUACUGGACAAAGGUGGCGUCGCAAAAUGUCGGCUGUGAUUUCAAGCUAGAGUAACGUCUGCGAUAGCUAAUUCAAUAUUGUUGAGACUAAUUACAUAUUUUUGUGUGAAAUUACUACCAAAAACAUGAGUGUCCGACAGGAUCAACAGGAAUUCGUAACCGAAAAAUUUUUAUGAAGUUACUUGACCCAACCCAUUUGAGUGAAACCGGGGGGAGGCAAGGUGACCGGCAAAAAUUCUAAGAACAUUUCUUUCAUUUCACUUCUAUCUUGUUUUAUGUUUAGUUAUCCGUAGAACUUUCUCUAUGAUAAAAGACUGAAACAGUUUACAGCAUAAUGAAAUAAAUCAGAUCGUGAUUAGAGAAUUGUUGUUUUAGGGCCUUAAUCUGUCUGUUGUAACUCUUACCGAGACAUAAAACGGAAGCCGUUGUGAACAAACAACCAUAAAGUCGUUACGUCACGUUGCCAUGGUAGUAAAAUGUUUGGAUGACAACAAACCAAAAACGUCACUUAAAAAAGUGAAUUCUCACCGUUUCAAAAUUCAUCGAUCUCAUUCAACUUCAUUUAAUUUGUCAAAUGUUGGCGAAAUUUUCUGGGGUUGAAUUCUAAAGGAUCGUAUCUAAGUUUAGGAAAAGAAAAAGAAAAUUUUGUGUUGUGUUCAUCUACUCCAUAAAGAGGGCGCGUGAAAUCAGAAGUUUCAUGUCGUGGUCGUGCAACGACGGCUAAGAAAUGUACAAAAAAUGCCUGAUGCACGUGCAAAAAUAUUGUUUUGCUAAUCUAAACUUAAUGCUUUUUUGCCGUUCUCGCUGCCGUCGCCGUCGUCGUUGCUUAAGCUCCCCGUUGUUGUGAUCCAGAAAUUUUGGUACCAUGGUAACCUAACGUCACACUUCUCCUCUCUAUUGAGGUUUGUGGGUAAUAUAACUGACCACCUACCCCUCCGCUGAGUCACAAUUUUGCCCUAACUGAAAAGUAAGUGUUAAAGGGAACCUCCACUUCAACAAAAAGAUAACUUUAAAUCACAGGAAAUAACUGUUACAGUCAAGUCAAUCUAAAAUAUUUUUAAAGAAAGCGUUUGUAUCCGAAAGAAAUAACUUUUAGAUUCGCCUAUUUUUGUUUUCAAAUUUUGCGGGCGUCGCCAUCUUGAAUAAUUGUGACGUGUUAUGGUUGCCCUAUUGUUAUUAAACAAAAGCUCUUUGUGUCAGAACAAUAGAGCAACCGUAACACGUCACAAUUAUUCAAGAUGGCGGCGCCCGCGAAAUUUGAAAGUGAAAAUAAGCGAUUUUAAAAUUCACUUUUCCUGAUAUAAACACUUUUUUUAAGGACAAAUUUCGAACAAAUUUGUUUAUCAACAUAAUUUUAUUCGAUUUAAACUUAUUCUGUAGUAAGAGUGGAGGUUCCCUUUAAUGUUUACAAAGGGAUAGCCGGUGUACAGACGCCCCUCUCCCCUCAGGAAAAACUUUAUGAGGGAAGGGGGGUCGUCUGUACACAGGCUACCUUAUUACAUACAAAAUUUUCGCGACAUGUUUAUUUCGCGAUUUGCAUGUGCGCAUAUUUCGCGAUCAUGUGAAAAUUUUAUAUUUUGAAUCAUUUUAAUUUGGUAUUUUUGAGUACAGCAAUUUACAUUUCAUAGGCAAUGUUAUUUAACAUGUCUUUGAAUUAAAUAGAACGCCUUUAUCAAAGGAAAAAUAACGUCAAAACUGAGAAAAACGCAACAGCAGGACUAAAUGUCAACAGUAACAACAAAGCAGUUCUCACAACGUCCACAAGCAGUUCAUGUUUGUACGUGAAUUAUUAUUCUUUAGUUAAUUGACCACAACAUCCAUUUACACUGAAAAUUCCUCAGAAAGUAAAAAAUGUGAUUUUUCUAAACGUUUCAGUGCUAAUGAACUCGUUCUUUCUUUAUUAUGGAUAUCAUGUAAGUCACUUAAUUUUCGCGCCAUGUUAUGUUCGCGACACUUAUUGUUCGCGUCACUUUAAUUUCGUGAUUUUUUUUGGAUCGCAAAAUUCGCAAAAUUAACGUGUCGCGAAAACUUCAUGUAAUAAGGUAACUUAGGAGAGGGUUCCAAUAUAAUGAUGAACUGCCGUAGUUUUCGCAUGGCCUGCGCGCAGGCCCGAGAUUGCAUUCGACUUCUAUAAUUUAUUAUGACAUCAAGAAAAAUCACAGAAACUCCUCUAAACCCACGGAUGGACACCAAAAUUGACAACCCUAACGUGGCACAGGGCGAUGGAUGAGGGAAAACCUCUCCUUACCUACACUGUGAGCAGUCUCUUAUUUUCUUCAAAGUCACUGGUAGGGGCGUAGCCAGCUUUUCGACUAAUUAUAGGCCUUUUUUGACUUUCAUUUCCACAUGAACUGAAAAUUGCACUCAUGACUAGUACGCACUGACCUUACCAACAAUUUGACCUCUUAAGCUUUUUAGGUCACCCCAACAAUGCAUAAUUGGUUACAAGGGGUAGAGUGAUCAUCCAAAAAUUUGUAGGCCCUGGCCUACAGGUCUAUAGGCUGGCUACGCCCUUGACUGAACCCUACGCGCUCACUGUCUGACAACUCGGCAGAUCUAAGAGAAAAGGCGGACUGCAAACAGUCUGCCCCUCGUCUCUCACAUGAUAAACCGUUAACAUGAUUUAAAAUAUAAAGCCAGCGAUUAUAAAAAUAUUAUGGGAUAUGGUGCCGCUUGGGGUGGGGGGUGGGGAUUUGGGGCUGUAACGUCAUUUGAAAUGGCCGCCACCUCUGACCAUUCACAUUUGAGUUUAGCAUAUACCAUCCAAAACGUUAAGGGUAGAAAGGCCUAGGAUAGAUGAAGUAAACUUUUUGCUGCUUUCGGUACUCUUUCAAAUGUUUUUUUGUCUCUUCUUAAUUCAACUGUUUAUGUGCUAUAAGCUGGAGAGUUUGCUUUUAAAGUGGGUUAUGACGGCAUUGCCGUCACAACACAGUCAGUUAUUAGGGUGGUUGCAAAUCAUCUCGUAGCCACAGUAACCGACACAACGGCUGGAUCAUGGUGGAUAUAUACGUAAAACCGUGACACAAGCCCGUUGGUUUUUUUCAUAUAAAGCUAAAAAUAUAAUAAAAAAUUUUAUCGGUCAAAUGCGACCGCUAUACACGUAUGCCUCAAAUAAAUCCACCCUAAAUUUUUUCUAAGGGAAAUUUCUAAAGGGAAAUUAAGACGCUUAAAAACACUUUCAUAAAGUCCGGGAUUGCGCGUCACACUUUUAUAGCCUGCGUAGCAGGCGCUUGUGAACGGACGCGCGAAGGAGGCACGCGUGUGACCCUCGCGCGCGCCAGUUCAGUGUUUCUUGCGCCUAUCAAUUUUUAGCACCUCUCACGCAGGCUUCUCUUUUAGAAUGGCUUUUAUUUAGACAAUAAUACAGACGACUCGAAACGAACCUAUGACAAUUCUUUUUAUUUGCAUUUUUAUCAUCCAGUGGCAUACACUUUUUUUUCAAACCAACACUUUUGUUUGUUCUUUUCUCCACAUAUAUCUACACUUGGUAAGUGCCACCCUCGGGCGUUGUUUAACUCUACCCACGGCCUUGAUUGAGUCUAGCUCAAAAUUUGAAUCCGUAAUGUAACUAUAGAUAGAUAACUAUACAGGGGCAGCCAACGACCGAAUCUUUCCAAACAAGUCAGAAUUAAUGUCAAAAGUGGUUUUCUCUAUGCUUCAGAAGCCCGUCUGGUUAAUUUAGAGCCAGCAUGCCAUGAAAACUAUUUUUAUCUGUAUGUUUUAGGGGAACUUUGGCCGUCUCGACUUAAGGUUUUAGCUAUCCCGACGGGUCUUGUCGAAACUGCGAGGGUCCACUCGAAGUAACAAUGCAUGUUCUUUCUAAUCUCGUACCCAGAUCUCACUCUGUUUUACACUUGGCCGUGGGAGAUCUGGGAUCUGUUCUUUCAUUACAAAAUUAUAGCUAGGGGACAAGAGCUAGGGCUCUUGCUAGGGGAUGAUUCUUCUUUGUACCGAAAUUUUCACGUGACUUUUUUUGUCAAUAACCUUUCAAAUCUUGGAAAUCAAAUGUGAAAAAUCCAAGUUCAUCGGAAAACUCCGAAUAUCUUAGACGAAUGGAACUGUUACUCAGCAAUUUUUAUGACGGGGGAAAUGAGGCAUUUUAUUUUACUGUAUUUUGGCUUUUUGUUUCAGAAUGGCAACGGCAAAGUGGGGUUUUGCCUUAAUGACAUUGACAGUGCUUCUUAUGUUCUUUACUCGAUGCGAUGGCUGGGCAAUCCGCCACGGUCGUCAUGGUAACGGUAGGAAGAGAGAACCACAAAGAAUUCUCCUGGACAAGUAUCAAGUUACCUCGGACGACCACGACAGCCAAAGCGUGCAGUAUGAUAACAACAGAGAAGACUACAAGGACCAAACACUGCCCCAGAAAAAGUACGAUACUUACGACAAUCGAAUAGUUCCCGAGAUUUAUUACAGAUACGGCUUGGACAACUAUAGAUUGUCAUACGACAACUUUAGGGUCAACAACAACAAGCCAAAAGCCCCCUUCGGCAACCAUAGAGCCCCAUACGAUAACCCAGAAGUCUUCCACCGCGACAACUAUAAAGUCGCUGAUGACAACCAGUUAGUCCCUAAUGUCUUGGAAUACUACAAGGACGCUGACUUCUUAGUACCAGGAAAGCGCCCGCGAAAACGAAGGAUGUCUAACUAACAAAGAUGUUAUAAAGCCUCUUCCAAAGAAAACAAAUAUUCAAAGUUAAAAAGCGAUUAUGGAUGUAAAUUUUUUUGCAAUUGCUUCAUAUAAAACCCUUAGUGCCUGAGAGUCUAGUCUAGUAAAAACGACGGAUCUACUUAACAAAGAAGCUUUGAUAAAUGCUUUUUGCCAUGCAAUGGAAGUUGAGUAAGUCGACUUUUAAUGUCCCAUUCACACCAAGCUUAAAUAUGUUUAAAAGUUGGUUAGUUAACAGGUUAAGAUUACUUCCCUCAUAAAGCUGCUUAUUGACUUAAGUUGACCACAAAUGUAGUGCAAAUUAUGUUUAACAUGUUGAAGUUCAUUUAGAUUCUUCGUAAAAGGCCGUGUCCCAUGGCCAGUUCUCCAUGUCUGUUUUUCAUUUUUAAAAGCUUGUUUAAAUUAGACAUGUUAAGUUGAUGUGAAUGGGACACAUCUCUAAUUAUAAACAUGACUUGAAAACUCACUGUUAACAGACUCUUAAAUGCUUCGAAAUUGAAGAAAAACAAUCUCGACACUAGUAGGCCGUAUAUGUUUGCAUUGAUCGGUGUGCGCUCUGAUGAUGGGGCCGAAUCGCAUGUAAUAACGCAAGAAAUAUCGACCUUCGUUAUCUUAAAGGCUACUAUUAUAGAUAGACAAACAAGAAGACUUCAUAUCUUUAAGAUUUUUGCAUUUAUUUGGCAUCAGAUAAUACACUAAUAAUUCUGGUAUAUUACAAUAUAAUACUUUUUCAUUAAUUAUCCCCGAGGGGCUUUUCAGAAUUAAUUUACAAUAUGUAUGUAUAAUACAACUAAGACUAAUGAUAUACAUGUUCUUGAUAUAUAAAUAACAACUUAAAAUUACUACUUCUAAUAAAAACUAACAAUGUAAUAAUAUACUAUGGUAUGUAUACCGGUAUCCUAUUUCUUCAUUAAUUCUGCCUUUGCAUGCUUUUUAAAUGAUCUUAAUGAUGAUAUAUUCCGACCAAAUGACCUCUGAAUCGAUCUGAAGCCCGAACCCAAACAUAGUGCGCUUGGGCUGCCUGUGGUUUUGGCCAAUCCUAAACAUUUUCUUUGCCAGACAUCAACUUGACACUUGAACUCUUGCCCUCCAGGAUACACGUGAUCUGGCGUGAUUCUGCGGGUGUUGGGAGUUCUAGGUUAGGACUUAAAUCACUAGAGUGUACGGGUUAUUCUCCAGCAGAGCUCCUUUCUCUGUCUGUUACGCCAUACUGAUGCGCUACAGUAACAGCGAAACGGCUGUCUAUGACUACAACCCCGCUGCCCUGUUUUGAGUUCUUUCGGUGUCGUGUUGAUCAUUAACAAAGUUAAUUUUCACGUAGUACGAUCA